AUGGAAUCCAGCGACGCAAGCAAAUGGGUAAUGGCCUGCGAUAUGGAAAUGGGGUCACUUCGCAAAAAUGACACACGGGAGCUUGUGCCACCUCCACGUGGGCGCAAAGCUAUUGGUAACAAAUGGGUUUUUCGCAUCAAGAAGAACCAAGACGGUGUGAUUGAACGAUACAAGGCACGCAUGGUAGCUAAGGGAUUCGCGCAAAAGUACGGCAUUGACUAUGAAGAGAUAUUUGCGCCUGUGGCCAAGUUUACUUCAAUUCGGUUCUUGUUGAGCCUAAGUGCAAAAUACAACUUGACGAUUCAUCAGAUGGAUGUCAAGACUGCUUUUCUCAACGGAGAGCUUGAAGAGAAUAUUUUCAUGGCGCAACCAGAGGGAUACGUUAGUGCAAGUCAUCCCGACCAUGUUUGCAAGUUGAAGCGGUCGCUGUAUGGAUUUAAGCAAUCUUCACGCAUGUGGAACAAGAACGUUGACGAUUCCAUGCAGCUUUUGGAGUUCAACAAGUGGGAAUCAGAUCAUUGCAUUUACGUGAAGCGUCAAGUCCAAGAUAUGAUUUUUGUGGCACUUAAUGUUGAAGAUAUGAUUCUCGCAAGCAGCAGUCUCAAGAUCCUCGAAGAAAUAAAACAGGCACUUAGUGAACGAUUUGAGAUGACGGAAAUGGACCAACCUAAAAACUUUCUCGGAAUAAAAAUGGAGCAAGAUAUGACAGCAGGAAAGUCUCGAUACGGCAGACAAAGUUUGCAUGUGACGUUUUGA